UUGUGCGGAACAACAAGAUGGCGCUUUCCAUGAAAAUGUUACGUUCGGGAUGGUUUUUACAAAGUCAAAAGAUUUUUAUGAAUUGUACUAGGACCUGCAGCUCUAAAGAUAAAGAAGUGCAACCAAAGAUAGUAAUACACCCCGAGACGGACCUAGCCAACCAGUACCCCAACACAGACAUUGUAAAGGGAAGAAUAGCGGACAGGACUCCGUUCAGGAUGGAGCUGCAGGCAGGCAAGAAAUACUCUUGGUGUGCUUGUGGACACAGCCAUACCCAGCCUUUUUGUGACGGAAACCAUAAGCGAAAGAGAGAAGAGUUUAAAAACCUGCGGUUAAAACCAGUGCGAUUCAGUGUUGAGGAGACCAAAGAGUACUGGCUGUGUCGCUGUAAGCAGACAGACAAUCCACCAUUUUGUGAUGGUAGUCACAAGGAACCAAAUGUGACAGGCUUGUUCAGAAUACAGCCUACAACUUAGAGCUGGUUUACAGACCAUAUGUGAUCUAUGGUUAUAUGUAGUUACUACAUUUGUAUGUUUAAAAGUCAUGGUAUUAUAAUGUGAUUUGCUUUCCUCUUAAAAAUGUUGAAUGUUUGCUUGCAAAUUAAAAAUACAAUGGUGUUAUUAAAUUGUU